CGAGUAGCCUGGCCGGGUCAGUCUUGAAGUCUGCUGCGGCUGCUCUUGGUCAGCUGACACGGACCAGAAGCCGCACGUGAUCUGCAGGGAUCGUUAAUAUAAUCGCAUCCAGGUGCCGCCAUGGGACCUCUCUACGUCACGUUCGUGUGCGUGGCACUGGCGUCCCUCGCCGCCGGGGUGCCCGUGGGGAUCCCUUUCCCUCGCCUCCCCAGUGACGACUCCUACGCCCACCGCCCACACAACGAAAUCGCCCCUGACCACGUCGCCCCUGACCACGUCGCCCCUGACCACGUCGCCCCCACGCUGACGCCGAAGCCGACGGACGCGCCUCGGGUCGGCUCCACCAUGCACGCCGUGAAGUUCAUGCAGAAGUUCGGCUACAUUCCCGAAGGAGACGAAAAUGCAGACUUUCUCUUCACACGCCAGACCCUCGAGGAGUCGAUCAAACGCGUGCAGAAGUUCGGCAGCAUCCCCCAGACAGGCGUCAUCGACAACGCAACGAUCGAGCUGAUGCAGACUCCCCGCUGUGGCGUUCCUGACGUAGACGCAGACGAGGUCGUGAAGCUGCGUCGCCCCAAGCGGUACAUCGUGGGUUCUGGAGGCUGGAAUAAGCGAGAACUCACCUAUUUCCUUGCCAACUGGACCCCGCAACUUUACUCAAAGGAAAACGUACAGAAGGAACUCCGACGCGCCUUCGAUGCCUGGAGCACUUAUUCGCACCUCAGUUUCAAAGAAGUAGAGGCGCCUGAUGCAGAUAUCGUCAUUUUCUUCGCGACUUAUAACCAUCAUGACGGGUACUCCUUCGACGGCCCGAGCGGCAUCCUCGCCCACGCUUACUUCCCUUACGAGUUCGGGCAUUACGGAGGCGACGUUCACUUUGACGAGAGUGAGAAGUGGACCAUUAAACCGAAGGAUGAGUAUGCUGGCCUGGAUUUCUUCACCGUCGCCGUGCACGAGAUCGGCCAUUCCCUCGGACUCGCCCACUCGCCCGUGGCCGACUCCAUCAUGUUCCCUUAUUACAAAGGCUACACCCCCAACUUCUCCCUGGCUUACGAUGACGUCAUGGCCAUGUGGGAACUCUAUAUCAAGAGGAAGCUGGAAGGGGACGACGAGUACUUCAACAGGACGACCACCACGACGACCACCACCCCCUCCCCCCCCACGACGGACGAAGACCAUCAGUCAGACGCAGCAAAUGAUGGUGAUGACGGCGAGGGAGAUGACGUGCACAGGCGGGACGACGAACGGAAGAGGACCGACGAGGAGGACUUUUACGAGGAAGACCGCAAGAGACGCACGGAGGAGGAGAGGCGCAGGGAGGAGGAGAGGAAGAGGCACAGGGAAGAUGAAGAGGAGAAGAGGCGCUGGGAGGAGGAAGUCAGGAGGAGGGAGGAAGAGGCGAGGAGGAGGGAGGAGGAGGAGCGAUGGAGGUGGGAGCACGGGGAGGACGAGCCCGUGCCGACGACGGAGAAGCCCCCGCCGCCCGUCCCCAGCCUCUGCGACGGGGAUUUCGACGCCAUGGCGGUCCUCAGGCAGGAGCUCUUUAUAUUCAAGGACACAUACAUCUGGCGUUACGACGAGCGCGGAAAUCUACGGGACAGCUACCCAUCUUUGGUUCACAAUCUCUUCUCCGGUCUUCCGUCUUAUAUGAAGAGGGUGGAUGCUGCUUACGAGAGACCUUCUGAUGGCAAUAUUCUCUUCUUUAUAGGGAAGUAUUAUUACGUGCACAACGGCGACAGGCUGGUGGAAGGGUCACCGCUGCCUCUCACGUCCCUAGGCCUACCCGAGCGCUAUACGAAGAUCGACGCCGCCUUCUAUUGGCCUCGGGCGAAGAAAACCUACUUCUUCAGCCGCAACGAAUAUUUCCGGUACAAUGAGAAGACGAAUACCAUGGACUCAGGCUACCCGAAGAACAUGGCUAAGUGGAAUGGUCUGCCUGAUGACCUGGACGCCGUUUUCACCUGGAAAGACGGAAUGUCAUACUUCGUGAAAGGCAAAGACUACUGGAAAUACGACAACAAGCAAAUCCGUCCGUACAAAGACUAUCCUCAGAAUGCCGUGGAGUACUGGGCGGGAUGUUCCAGCUCCUCCUCCUCCUCCUGGGCGCCGUAGCGAGGCCACGCCCACUUCCUAGCUGCUGAGGGGGCACCACGCCCACCUCCUGGCCGGGGACAUCGCAAAGCUAACGAGAAAGGCGAAACGUCUUAGCUACGAUAGAAAUUUAGUUCUUCUUCAUUUUCUUUCUCUCUUUCUUAUUCUUUUUUUUUCUUUUUUUUUUUUUUUUUUAGGGAUAACACAAUAAUUUAAUUGUCUUCUCGUUUCCCUGAUUAUCAUUGAUGUUUGUUGUGGUCAUUGUGAAAGAUGGAUAUCGAGGGAGAAAGAGUGCAGGAAACAGAGUUUAAUUUCAACCUCAGUAAUAUAAUUUCAUGUUUAUCUAUUCAAAUUAAGCUUUUUGAAUGCUUAUCAAAAACCGUUUCCAAUAAAAGUGAACGUUUUCGCAACACGUCCCGUAAGGAGAGAAGUGUAUCGCUGUUUAGUCGUUCAAAAUCCAAGUGUUUAGUCUCGCCCUAAUAUUAUUCUCCUACCUUCCCUCCCUUUCCCUAUUAUUGGUCUUUCCUUUCCUCAUUCCCUUAAUCUAAUAUUGGUCUUUUUCCUUCUCUUCUUUACCCUAAUAUUGUUCUCCACAUCUUCCUCCCUUACCCC